GGGAGGCAGGCAGGAGGCUUUAUGCGGGGGCCGUGCCGGUGGGCUGUUUUCCCAGAGCAAGGAACGAGGCAGGACUGAGUUGGCGCCAGCUCCCUCAGAUACAGACAUUGCUGGCUGGGUGACCGGCCUGCCCCAGCUAACUUGAGCCCAAGGGCUCCCUCAGGCACUGUGUUCCUGUCCUGGGGGCUGCGACACCACAUCCCAGGGGUGUGGCAUGUCACAGAGGGAGGCCAGAGGGGCACCAGCCAUGCCUGGAGUAGGGCAGAGCCCGGUGAAGGCCUGGCCGAGGUUGCUAGCAGGCGCUGACAGGAGGAGGAGCUGCCUGCGCAGGACAAGGCACAGCUUGUGGGAAGAGGCCAGCAGGAGCAACUGCAGGUGGAGCCGAGCUGCCCCUGGACUGAGAGGGGUCAGGGCCAGGAGCCUGGCUGCAGGCAGGAGUGAGGCCAGUCCUGAGAACGCAGCGCGGGAGCGGAGCCGGGUGAGGACACUGCGCCAAGCCUUCCUGGCCCUGCAGGCUGCUCUGCCUGCCGUGCCACCUGACACAAAGCUUUCCAAGUUGGAUGUGCUGCUGCUGGCCACCAGCUACAUAGCCCACCUCACCCGCACGCUUGGCCAUGAGUUGCCUGGCCCCGCCUGGCCACCCUUCCUGCGUGGACUCUGUUACCUGCACCCUCUCAAGAAGUGGCCGAUGCGAUCUCGUCUCUACGCCGGAGGCCUGGGGUGCUCUGGCCUUGACUCCACCGCAUCUGCCACCUCAAGCCAAAGAACAAAGGAGGCAGAGGCCAGACCNCUAGAAGGGAGAUCAACACAAGGGGGAGAGGAGAGGAAAGGCCAGCACGCUCUGUGCCUCUCCAGGCUAAGGUCCCUUCUGCCCACACCACGCCAGUGCUCCCCUGUGGGACCCAGGGCAGCUGCUGCGUGA